AGGUCUUAAAUCAAAAAUGUAUAGUUACAAAAUUCAAGAUGAGACUGAUGAAGUGAAAAGGCUAAAAGGAAUUAAAAAACAAACUGUCAAUAGUAAAAUCAGCUUUCAAAAUUAUAGAGAUUGUCUAUUUGGGAAAGAGUCUAUGUUUGCUACCAUGAACAUGAUUAGAUCAAAACACCAUAAUGUUUAUUCUGUGUGCCAAAACAAGCUAGCUUUGUCAUAUUCAGAUGCUAAACGCUUCAUUAUGGAAGAUGGUAUCCAUACGUUACCUUGGGGUCAUUAUAAAAUUUCUUCUAACACCAGAGAUCAAUUAUUAGUAUAACAGCCAAAUAAAAUUUUGUGACGUCAUUUAAAGUUCGUCCGUGAUGAGGUAAGCAAUUUUCUUUCUUGGUUGAUGAAGAAAGAAUUGCACUCUCUGAGAUGAGUAAAUUUUUAUUUAAUUUAUUAAUUUUUCUGUUUACAGGAUGUAAUUGGUAAAUAUUGUAUUAUAUAAUUUUGAUUAAGUACAUUUGUUACCUUGGCUGGGAGAAAGAUGCUAUCCCUUCCCUCUCCCACUUUUUUUUUUUUUUUUAAAUUUAAAAUACAGGAUGAUGUUUGCUUUUUCACCCUUUUCUACUUUUUGUACGCAUCCGCCAAAGUGAAAGUUCGCAUACCUAUUAACCAAUCAGCUUACUCUAAAAAAGAAAAGACGUCAUCACCUAUUAGCCUAUCCGCGAUAAGACCAAAUAAAGAGUUCCAACAUGAGGUACAAUUGAUUACUACCCCGAAGAGCAGUUCUCUAAAAGUUUCUUGAGUUGAUAGCACGCUUAUUUUUCUUUAGACUUUUUUUUGUUUGAACCUUACGCCGUGCAGUAUGGAUAAUGGUCUUAAUAUCAAACUUUGUGAAGGUGUUUUACAAUCACCCGAUGAGGUAUUAAAACAGUUAGAAAAAGAUAUUGUUUAUUUACCUAAAGAGAAUUCUCAAAUACGUGCUAAAGGAAAAUCUUUUCCGAUUCCCCGAGAAAUUGCUGCUUUUGGAGAUCAAGGACUUACAUACACGUUUUCAGGUAUGAGUAUUUCAUGUCAGCCAUGGACCCCUCUACUGUUUGAAAUCAAGUCUUUAGUCGAACAUUUGAGUGGUGCGAAUUUUAAUUUUGUACUUAUCAACCGAUACAAAGAUGGUAAUUCUUGCAUUGGACAACAUAAGGACAAUGAACCAUCUUUGGAUAGUAAUCAUCCUGUAUGUUCCCUGAGUUUGGGUGAAACGCGGACUAUAGUAUUCAAGAGGCAACAAUUUCAGGAUUAUAGACUAGAACUGGUGAAUAAUUCUUUACUAAUUUUAAGCUCCCCAACAAAUGAACUUUGGACUCAUGGAAUACCUCGUCAAAAAGAACGAAAAGGUGUUCGAGUCAGCCUGACUUCCGAAAGCUGCUAUUACCUGGUAAAAGAAAGUUUGAUGAGGAUCACAGUCAACCUAAAAAAGUCAUGAAAGAUCAGAAGGAAAUGACAUCUGACAAGCUAUUGCCAGUGGAUACACACCUGAAUUCUGAAGGACCUCAGUUAACAGUGAAUUCCCUUCCUCCAAAUAUGUUUCAUCUAGGAGAUCAAAAUUUUGUCAUCGUUUCGUGCUUCUUGGGUCAUACUCGUGUUCAUAUUCGUCGUUAUGGUACGAAUGAUCAAGGUUUUUUGUAUCCGACGAAAGAUGGA